GUAUAGACAUUUUUACAAACUUACCAUUUACAUGCUAACUAUAGAAAUGAAGGAAUAAUAACUAAUAAAUAAUGAGCUGGGCUAGGCAAGGUGUAAGUAGAAAAAAAUCACACCAUAAUAGAAAUAAAUCAAAAUGGGCCACAAAAUAGAAUUGUUUUUUUUUUAAACUGCAAAAAAUGGUAUGAGGUUUUUUAUACGAUGUAGGGGUUUGAACAUAUUUAUAUAAAUAUAAAUACUGAUCUAAUUAAUGAAAGAAAUAGAAUACUCAAACGCGUAUACUACUUCCUCAUACUUAAGAACCAUCUUCAUUCCUUCAAUUAUGGAUAGUUUAUUUGAAAAAGUAUCUUCACUCCAUUAUCUCUUAGAAGAUAAUGGUAAUCAAUUCAUAAAUAAUACCUAUAGUGGAAGUUAUUUUGAAAUAUUCCAUCAAUUACAAACGUUAAAAGCCGAACCUAGUUCGAUUGUAUCCAAUUUACAAUUAAAUACUUUAGAACAAUUAUGGGCUAGUUGGUAUAUAUAUAUUAAUAAUGAUAUUUUAGGUACGGGAUUAUUAUUUUUUUUAACUCAUGAAAUAAUGUAUUUUGGAAGAUGUUUACCAUGGUUUAUAAUUGAUCAAAUUCCUUAUUUUAAUAGAUGGAAGAUCCAACCUACUAAGAUUCCAACUAAUAAAGAACAAUGGGAAUGUUUUAAAUCAGUAUUAAAAUCUCAUUUAUUAGUUGAAGCAUUACCAAUUUGGUUAUUUCAUCCAUUAUGUGCAAAAUUAAAUAUUUCUAUUACAGUACCAUUCCCAUCAUUUUCAAUUAUGUUAAUGCAAUUAGGGAUUUUUUUCUUUUUUGAAGAUAUGUGGCAUUAUUGGUUUCAUAGAUUAUUUCAUUUUGGAUGGUUUUAUAAGAAUAUUCAUAAGAUUCAUCAUAAAUAUGCUGCACCAUUUGGAUUUGCAGCUGAAUAUGCUCAUCCUGCUGAAGUUAUGGCAUUAGGAAUUGGUACUGUGGGAUUUCCAAUCUUAUAUGCUUAUUUAGCUACUAAACAUGAUAUACCAAGUUUACAUUUAUUUACUUUAACAUGUUGGAUUGUAUUAAGAUUAUUUCAAGCAGUUGAUUCUCAUUCAGGAUAUGAUUUCCCAUGGUCAUUAAAUAAAAUCUUACCAUUUUGGGCAGGAGCUGAACAUCAUGAUGAUCAUCAUCAUUAUUUCAUUGGCAAUUAUGCUAGUUCAUUUAGAUGGUUUGAUUAUUGUCUUAAUACUGAAAGUGGAACUCUUUUUAAACAAAGAAGAGAAAUUAAUAUGAAAGCAAAGGCCGAAAGAAAAUUACAGUAGUUGUAGCUUAAUGUCUUUCAUAAUAUUUUAACGAUUUAACCAAUAUAAUACUUAUAUUCAUCUAUAUAAUAAAUAAUAUAAUAUACCAUUACAUAAUACAUAUACCAUUUACAUAUACACAUUAACUAUUAACUAUUAACAGUUGGUUGGUUGGUUGGUUGCAAUAUAUAGACACAAACAGUGUACUUCCUAAUUAGGCGAUGGUUCUUUUCUCAUCCUUUUAGGGUUCCAGACCUCUUCACGUGAUCGAUUCACGUGAUGCAUAUUUAACGUUGAAAAAAAAAUUUAUUUUCCAUUUUCAGUGCGAACCAUUUUUUCGUCACUCAUAGUUAAGAAAUUAACUAUGGCAGUCUCCAUAGUUAAGACAUCUCUCAUAGUAAAAUUGUAUACUGUAGACAGACAGACAGAGGAAGAAAAAAAAUUAUCAAAAAUAAAUUUUAU